CGGAGCUCCAGCUUUCUGUGAUCCGGCUAUCAGUGCGUGUGUGAGUGGCAGGAGAACGCAGAGUGUAUCGGUUCUGCGCACUUCUGCUUAGUGGAACAAGGACCGAAUUUGAACUGCUGAGAUAAGCAACAAUUUAGGAGGAGUCCAGGACGCAGGUACACGCUACAAAGAAGAAACUUGGAAAGAAAAGUGGAGCAAAAAACAAAAAAGAAACAAAUCAACCAGACUUGUGAGCAAUGCGCUGGCAGCAUGGCCAGAUGGUUCAAGGAGCACCUAGGAUUCAAAACCACCAAAGCGCCCCCUCCGGCUCCCCCGAAACCGGACUACAGGCACUGUCACCCGGCUGCGCCCGGUACACCCGGUUACCAUCACCAGCAGCAGCCAAGCGCUGGGGCUACACAUUACCUGAGCCCCGCACAACCAGACAUUCUCGCAGCCUACAAGCUACAGAAGGAACUAGACUUCGAGGACCCAUACACAGGCAGCGGAGGGAGUUCGUUCCCAGGGGGCCUGAGCUCUUCUGGGUCGCCAGACAUCAAAUACGUCUCCCCCAAGCACCGGCUCAUCAAGGUGGAAACAGUCGAGAAGAGCACCCCAAGUCCAGGCAGUGGCAGCACUUCGGCCCCUACUGUUUGUGCUGUGAAUGUGAAAUCACCCACGUCACCUCCAGCAGAGCAGGAAAACAAACAAGAGAAGCUCAUUAUCCUAGAGGACUACGCAGAUCCCUUUGAUGCCAAGCAAGCCAGCGGGACCCAGGCUGUUCAGGAGAAAGUCACAGAGAACGAUGGCUACAUGGAGCCGUAUGAAGCUCAGAAAAUGAUGGCUGAAAUACGCGGAGGCAGAGGGCCAAAGGAUGGACCAGUCAGGCAGCUGCACCUCUACGAUACCCCAUAUGAGCCAACAGAGAAUGGCAGUGACUCGGACCUUGAGCGAGGAGGCUCUCGUCCUCCCAGAGAAAGCCGUCUGCCCCAGGACGAUGAGCGACCGCCUGAGGAGUACGAUCAGCCCUGGGAGUGGAAGAAGGACAGAAUAUCAAAGGCAUUUGCAGCUCUGCUUUGUUAUAACUGCAUUAGCUACGGGGGCGCUGUAACUUGCAUUGGAUCUGAGCCUUGGGAGAGAAAAGAGGACAACGUCUCUAAAGCCCACACAGUAGAGAUUAAAGUGAUCAAGGACUUGCCAUGGCCCCCUCCGGUAGGUCAGCUCAAUAGCAGCCCCCCUGCAGACGGCGGAGAAGCCCCCCCUCAGCCCUCCCAGCCGUCGCCUGGCCAGUCUUCCUCUGACGAUCACCACGUUCAAUUUGAUGGUGUUGAGAAGUCUCGCGUGUCACCAACCAAGGACUGCAAGGCACGCCCACCUCAGCGGCACUCAAGUGGGUGCCUGGUGAGUACGAAGCUGGGCUCCCUGGACCAUGGCACCUCCCUGGGAGAGCGCAUCGACCCCACCCUUCCCCUUGAGAGCCAGUUUUGGUACCAUGGCGCCAUCAGCAGGACAGAUGCAGAGAACCUUUUGCGUCUGUGCAAGGAGGCCAGCUACCUGGUGAGAAACAGCGAAACCAGCAAGAACGACUAUUCUCUCUCCCUCAAGAGUAACCAGGGCUUCAUGCACAUGAAACUGUCAAGAACCAAAGAGAACAAGUACAUCCUUGGACAGAACAGCUCUCCUUUUGACAGUGUACCUGAGAUAAUUCACUUCUACUCAAGUCGAAAGUUGCCAAUCAAGGGGGCUGAGCACAUGUCCCUGCUCUACCCUGUGGCGAUUAGGACGCUAUAGCGCAGUUCCUGCAAAGGAGAGGGCCACCACUAGAGGGCAGCAGAUAUAGAGCCUGCCACUGAAUGUCACUUCCUCUCAACAACUAAAAGGUCAUUUUUCCUGGGACUGUCUGGAUCUGUGGAGUUUCCCAUUACUUCACCCAAUCAUAAAAUCUGCAGGAACUAACAGACACCAGUCUGGUGAAGAGGUAACUAGUAAACCAGACUAGUUUCUUUAGUUGCCUGUAUUAUUUUUGCAUUUUUUGUUAUUGAUGGGGUGUGUGUGCGUGGAGGUGUGUGCAUAAAUUAUUAAUAAUAUCCAUGAUGAUAAUUGUGAAUAAAAUAACUUUCUUUCUAUCUUAAUGUCAGACAAGAAGCAGAUAGGCAGGUAGUGUUGUUCAUUACUGGUUAAUGACAGUGAUGCGUUUAUUCGGUAUUACUCACUGAUUGGACGAGUGAAGUAUCCAGUGUCCUUUGCCUACUGCAGUGUCAACAAGAUCUGUCUCUCAUGCAUUCCUUUUAGGCCUUUAGAAUACCUUCCUAAAUUAACAUGUUCUGCAGUGAGAGGGAUAGUAAAGAAAACUAUAUUGAGAAUACCUUGUGCUUGAUGGAGGUUGGUUUUGGCUGAGGUGCAUAAAAAUCUCAACUUACUGAAUUCUUCCUUUAUUUUGGAAAUUACCCACACCACACUUGCAAAUCUGUAUUGUUGGUAAUGCUUAUUCUACACAGAAUGAUUAGAGACUAUAAACUUAAUUGACACUGGCUCAGUGAGUAAAGACAGAUGUAGCAACUGUUUUGCACUGAAGUGUAAUGUGUGGUAUUUAAUGAAAGGAACUGAACGAAGCCUUUAAUGAGACACAUUGGUAAUUUUAAAUGAACAACUUUGAUGGUAUUUCAAACCAUAUGGUUAACAAUUUGACCUCAGGAUAUCACAAAUGUUUCUGGAUUCAUGUUUUGUUUUUCCUCACAAUUUUUUUUCUCCAUCUGCAAUUAAAAAUUUAAGACCCCUUUUCAGUUUGACAUGUACCAUUGCAGUUGCUUUUAACUUUUUCUCAUUUUAACAGCUUGUUAUUCCUUUCUUCAAACAUGGAACAGGUUUUACUUCAGUAGAACACUAUUUGUGAGUGCUUUAGUGUUGUGGACAUCAGUUUUGGACUUGGGAAGUGGUAACGAAAUGAGAAAAAAAUUAUAAUAUAGGUAUGAUGUAACAUCUUUCAUGAAAUGUUACAGGAGAGAGUCUGAGUUCCUUAACCGCUUCUUUCAUGUUUGAAAUCUUGCUCGUAGAGAGUCCUUGAUCUGGGGAAAUUGUUCAUUGUUUGGGGAAAUGCUGUUCCUCUGCAACUAGCUGAAUAAAUAUACUGUAAAUGAUGUACCUCAGUUGUAAGGACCCUCUGCAAUACAGUCCUAAACUGUCUCUGGGCAAAACUUGAAAAUUAGAACAGAUAACAACGAUAGUGUUAGUCAUACUGUAAAUGCAACCUAUUUGGUGACAUUUGAAUCUAAACUAGGGAUUACAAAUCCAAAACAAAACCACAGUCACCCCAGGUUGCUAGUUAUUGAAUUUGAUUUCUCUUUUCAUCCUUUUAAACUGAACAAAGUGCUUUUUAGAGUAUUAAGAAGUUUCACUGUGCAUGUUUCCCAGUGGUUUAAAUUCCCAAAUGAAAGUGCCUUUUAACUUUAUUGCAAGGCAGAUUCAAUACAGUUGUAGUGAUGUCAACUUCGUGGUUGACAUGAAGGUCAUUUCAAGAACUUCCUCUGAUCGUCUGUAGCCAGUCCUGGUCCUGGAGCUCCACUGCACUAUUUUGUUUGGUUACAUUUCAUUAAUGAUUAAUUUGGGGCUGUAUGAAGUCUUCAAUAUUUGUGUUGAACAGUUUAUGUAACUUCUAAAGCACAGAACUAGAUUAGAAAGUCCCAUGCUGUCUAUGACAAAAAGAUUUCUUCCUGUUCAAAUCUGUCUGUUACACCCCUUUCUGCUACACACAUUACCAGAAAAAUCAAGAAGUGACACCAUUUUCUGAAGCUAGUUAUCCCACUUUCUGAAGAAAUUAGUUGUGAAAUCAAGAGUUGAUUUGGUAUAUACCUGUUUGGGGGGGAAAAAAAGUUAACAGCAAGCAUUGGCUAGUAGUAAAUAUUUCUACAUUUAAUCUGAAGCAGUGGUUUCAGGUAAGAUAAAUAAACGUUACAUUAUUAAAAACUUAAUGAUGAUUUAGUGAUUUAUUUUUGUAUUUUUCUUUUGCUAAUGUGAGUGGUUACAGCAAGAUUUUUCACACAUGUACAUUUUGUGAAAAGUCCUUAGAAUUAUGUUUGCCUUCAGUAGUUAAAUUUGAAUUGGAAAUUUGGUGAGUUAACAAGGAUGUUGGAAUGCUGCCCUUUUAAAAGGUUCUUUAUAAUUAAGUACAUCGACAUUUCAAAGCAGCUUUCAUCAGAUUUGCAUACAGUAUUAAAUUUCUCUAGAAGAUGUGAUGACAUUAGUGAUCUUUCAAAUUUCUGAGAGCCCGUGCUUUUUACGUGGUACAGAGUAUAAUUCAGGGGUUAUCAAAACUUUAAAAAUAUUCAUAAUAAUGCUACUGGACUUUGUGUGUGUACGAAUCUGUUAAAUAAAAAUAUGGCUUUUAAAAUUCACCGUUUUAAAAGAUAAUAGAGCAAUGAUUUUUAAGAUGAUACCCUUAUGCCAACAGUAUUGGAGAGUUUUAUGAAUGAGUGUUGCAGUUGAAAUAUUUGCCUGCUGGGACAUUUUUAUAUUGUUUUUUAGCUGUCAAGAGUCUGCUUGACACGAAUGCUCCUAAAUAGAUAUAUACAACAUUCACACACAUCUGCCGGAUUAAAGCGGUUAUCCCCUGAUUAAUUUACUUUGAGUACAAUUCAGUCUUGUACACUUAAAUUAUUUUAAUUACUUUAGCUAAGUGGUCUACUACAUAAUGUAAGGCUAAAGGUGGGGUAAGUUUCUGCUGGCAUGGAUUAUACUUGUAAAGGACAUGAAAUAUUGCUAGUGUACAUAAAUCAUUAAUUCUAAAGGCUAAAAGAUAGAAUAGUGAUGUUUUAAAUAAGCUCUUUGCUUACAAAUACAUGAUGAAUUUUCAAAGGAAUAAAGUGCACUUAAUAUUGCAUGCCAUAUAGUAAGUGGCAACAUGACCAUUAAUAAGUGUGUCUAAUAUGAUGUCACCAUCUGAGGAGGUAAAUGUGAAGGAGUCCACUUUAAAACACGUUACCAUUUUAACCACGGCUACUUGAAUUUAACUAGUGAAAAGCUGUUUUCUGAAAAAAGAUGCAUUUGUUGCCUUUAUAGUUCUUCACCAUUUUUAAAGAUAAGCUAAGUAAAGAUCCUUUUAAAUGAGUGAAAUCAACUUCUACACCAUUGAAUUGGAACCACUUUGAAGUGGAUGAAUUAAAUUUACCUGCAAUGUCUACCUCAGAAAAUCAAUCUCAUUCAGCCAUUUUUGGAUCAGUAGGUACAAGGGAAUUACAAAUAUUGACUUUUUUCUAGCAGUAAUUUACACAAUACUGUUUUUAUAUGUAAUCCUCCACAUGAUUAAAAAAAAAACAAAAUUACACUAUUAAAAUAGCUCUGAUAAACAGGGCUGUAGGUGUAGUUGUUAAUGUUAUUGCCCAACUCAAUCUUAGUAUGACGCGGUAUUGGUUAAUCCUUAAUCUGCAUAGUAAAUUGAGCAAAGAAAGGCCUAAUGAAAUAACUUACUUUUUUCUUUCAUUUCAAAUGACAUAUAAUUAUGGAGAAAGUUUACAGGAAAUUAGUUUCAAGUUGUUGGAACCUGAAUAGCAGUGUUGGGUUUAUUUUCAUUGUCAUUGUGCUUUGGAGAGGGCUGUACAGGAAAGCAGUACUACACCCUGCACUGCAGUGCGAUUCAGAUUUUUCCUGCCCUUGAAGAGAACUCCAGCCUUGUCUUGAUUAGUUACAGCCUCAAUGCCCUAAUUCUUUUAUAGCCUCAGGGUAGUUAAAGGCCACAUUUGACCAAGGAAUCGGCAGUGAAACAGUAAUUAUGCAAAAAAACUGAUUUACCAGAAUACCCUUGUUCCCCAUAGGAACUGUGUAAAUGGACACUUAUCUCUGUUCUCUGCACCACAUAUUUAAAUGUUUUUUUUAAAUCCCACUUGAAACAGAAAAGCAAAGCCUGUGAGGCAAAUAAAUUGUUUUUAAACCCCAUUUCCUAUCAUACUGCAUGAUCUGGUACAAUCAUCGAGUUUAUACUUGUUUCAGAAUGCUGAUGUUAACUUAUAUUUUAUCGUUUAGGUUCAGGAAAUUGUCUCGAGUCCUCUCAGUGAUGGGGAUUGGCGGUGAAGCCCCUCACUCUUUUCAUUGCCAGUGAGGUAGUUGUAAUGAGACACCCAUGCAACUUUUGGCUUGUAGCAGUAGCUGGAGAUGUGCUCAUUUAGUGUUGGCAUAGUUUCUACUCUAAGGAAAAGUAAAGCAGUCUGCAUCUCUGGUUGCACUUCCAGGACACAGAUGGCAUUGCUCCUUUUAAUGUAUUCUUGAGGAGAAAUUCUGUGCUCAUUUUAGUGUAAAGGACAGGAAUUGUUGUUUAUAUCAGCAGCCAUUGAGUCCAGUUUGCAAUAACAAAGCCAGCUGAAGCAGAGAGCAACAAUAAUUGUAUGAUAUCUGAAGGAUAAAGCCUACCAAACCAUGACGUACCAAGAAAGAGGCUUUAAAAAGAAGGGUUUGCAACUCUCUUACUGUAUGUGUAUCAGACUGCAGUUAGGCUGAAGUUUCUAUACACAGCAAGCAUCAGCCCACAGAGUUAAUGAAUACUCUCCUCAGGUCGUGAUUGGUUGAGCUGAUCUUCAAGAUUUAUAAUGCGGUUAAAGAAUAAUGGGAAAAGCAAUUUAAAUGAGAAAUAAAAGCCUUCUGGGGAAAGGCAUAUUUGCUCAUUACACAGUAGUUUGCACAUUAUUCUUUUUCUUUAACUAUGUAGAAAAGAUCUUGCCAAUGGAAAGAUGUUCUCCACAGGACAGCACUGCAAUGCCAAAAGGAGAAAGCUGUUAAGGUCAGAUGUUUACUGGAGUAAUCCCAGUAAGUUAAAGACCAUUUCUCUUUUUAGGUAAUUAACGUUGUAAAACAACAAUACUGUUUAAUUUGAAUCCAAACAAAUCCAAAUCAAUCAGUUACCGCUCUCUGCCUUACAUGAAGAUAUUUGUAACCUUUAUCAAGGAAAAAUAUUAUUCAGUAUCAUAAAACUUUGGGUUUUAUUAUUCUUUACAUGAUUUAUCUUCACCUAUAAUUAAAGCAUAGGCAACUGCCAUAAACAUGGGGCUGAAAACUUGUGACAUGAUUAAAGUAUUCACUACUGUAGCAGUGGACAGAAAUUUCUUUUGUAUGUAGCUAUUGGACUGGAUGUAGAAAAUCAGUAUUUGCAUAAAUUGUAUAAAUUAUGUGUGCUGGAGACGCUGUAUGCAUCUCUACAUACAAGCAGAUACCAGCACAAAAUUGUGUCUCAGCAUAUAGUGAUAUAAUCUGCUAAUGCAAGAAAUAGUGGCUUUGUGAUUUCACUUUACUUUCAUUUUGAAAUGUUACCUGUUACACUAUGAUUGAGGGCUGUAACAUUUUGCCUGUAGAAAAGGGUAGAAAACGAAACUGAACAGCUUUAAUUAUGAAAUCAGUCCAAGCUUUUUUGACUCCGUCUGUAGAGGUGCAAUGUACAUGUUUAAUGUGAACUGCUUUAAAUGUGAAGUCGACAAUAAGUACAGAUGGAGAGGCUGUGGGCACAGUGAAGUCAUGAGACUGUGCUGAUGGAAAGGUAAAGGGAGUCUGACAUCCACUGAUUUUCACCUGCUGUUCAUAGGUUAAAACAUUGUGAUAGAAAAGUCAUGACUUGUUUAGGAACAUUAGAAUUAAUUUAGCAGUAGAGAAGUGCUUUUUAUGAUUUAUAUACAGCAGUCAGCUAGCAAGGUCCGAUCUUGCCUGAGUCUUGAGGAAGGAGAAUGAACGGAACAGCAAACUGUAAAAAAAAAAAAAAAAAAACUGUUGGUACUGAAAUGGUACUGUUUUGAACAGUAAAAUGCUCUCUAUUUAAGUUAACAUUCUCAUGGAGUUGACAUCCUUGUUAAUUUUGUUUUCUACAAUAUAUACUGUACAUCACUACAAACCUCAUGCAUUCUGUUGGUUACACAUAGACUCCAGAUCCAUUAAUUUGUCAGUGGAAGAAUAACUUUUACAAGUUAGUUUGCAUAAGCAAGGAUGAAGGAUGCAGUUCAAGAAAUGUUUGUGUCCUAUAAUAAAUUAUUUUCAUUAUUGGGACAGAAAAGAUGAAACAAAUUCUAUUGAAAUUUUGCAUAGGGUCAUGAAAAUUGGUUCAUCUUUUAUACCCCAAAAGGCACUAGAUGUAAUCAUACAUAAUGCACUUUGUGAACUAAUCUGGGUCAUUUGUUUCCGGUUACUCCUGUAUCACCCAUGUUGCCUGAAAACCAGAUGUGUUUGUAUGCCAUUUAAAUUGUAUUUAAAAUACAAUCUGAAAAUACAAAUAGUUGAUGGACAGUGCUAUGAGCUUAUGUGACCCCAUUUAUAUCUUCCAGCAGAAAGGAAGAAAAGUGUGCUUUUUUGUCCUCUCUAGGAAGCAAUCCCGAAUUAAACUGCCAUUGAAACUAAAGAGAGGUCAGUACAGACUUCUCAGGAUUUUAUCUGGUGUAGAUUCACUGUAUAUUAGCAGACUUUACUGGGUGAAAUACAUACCAGGGGGGGAGCUUUAGAAAUCAGAAUGAGUAGCAUUUUUGUAAUUCUUUCUUGUGAAUUCACAAUUGUACUUUCAGAAGCUUUGAGUGUUUUAAAGUGUGCAGUUGCAUAAUGGCUGGAUGGGUGCACACUUGGGAAUGAGUGGUGUGUGAGUGUGAUUGCAUUUUCAUGUAUGCACUAAUCGAACAUAUCCAUACAGUCCCUCUUCGCCAAAUGUAUAUACUGAAUGUAUUGUAUGGGACAUGGACCAUAAGAUGCAAUGAUUAUUGUAUGGAAAUAAAGUAGAGUUUAUGAGUCUGAA